CAUACUUAAAACAUGUAGAUAGUAGUCUUUAGUUGUGUGUUCAAAAUUUUAAUAUACUUGGAAUCGGUGCUAUUAAAAUAGACAUUGUGCUGUGAACUGAUAAUUGUAAAAUUGUUUUUAUAUAUAUUUGAAUGUGUAUAUAUUGUGGUCGAAAUUGAGGAUAAAACACGUGCAGACGACAGGAUGGCGGCAUCGCACAUCCUGAGUGCGGUAGAGCCGACGGUCGGUGGCGGUGGGACGCGUGGAGGCAGAGAACGUGAAGUGAACGUCGCGCUCGACGACCGCGAACUAUGGGUGCGCUUUCAGACCCUCACUAAUGAGAUGAUUGUUACCAAAAAUGGACGGCGCAUGUUUCCUGUAGUAAAAGUAACAGCUAGUGGAUUGGACCCUACCGCGAUGUAUACGGUUCUUUUAGAGUUUGUUCAAGUUGACUCACAUCGGUGGAAAUAUGUGAACGGUGAAUGGGUACCUGGCGGCAAGGCAGAGGUACCACCAUCAAACGCUAUAUACAUUCAUCCCGAAAGUCCAAACUUUGGAGCCCACUGGAUGAAGGAACCUAUAUCAUUUGCAAAAGUCAAAUUAACUAAUAAAACUAACGGAAAUGGACAGAUAAUGUUGAAUUCCCUUCACAAGUACGAACCUCGGGUCCAUCUGGUGAAAGUCGGCACUGAUUUACGUCGCAUCAUGACUUAUCCAUUUCCGGAAACACAAUUUAUAGCUGUGACUGCGUAUCAGAACGAAGAAGUCACAUCGCUUAAGAUUAAAUAUAAUCCUUUUGCUAAAGCAUUCCUGGAUGCAAAAGAGAGGCCGGAAGGAUAUUAUCAAAGAGAUUUUGUAGGAACUCAUUAUCCUCAACAAAGUUCUUCACCCCAUCAGUAUCCACAAUUUGGUGGUUGGUUUGUAGCGUCACAGUCUUUGUAUGGCGGUAGUAACGCAUCGUCACGAAGACCAGCGCCGUACCCGCCACGACCGCCCUCCCGACCACGAACAUUGUCACCACCUUCAUCUUAUAGCAAUUCUGAGAGGACAUCAGUAGCGCCGUCGAAUAGUAGUAGCAGUUAUACAUGGCCAAGUAGUAGCGGUUACUGGAGUUCAGCACAAGGCAGCAGUUCGCCGCAGCCGAACGCAUCACCAGGGCCGUACCGCACGCCGCCGCAUGGCUACCCUGCUCCUCUUGAAUACGCGCCUCCACCACCCACGAGCACGACCGCGUCAACAUCAGCGCCCGCACCUCUAUACCCUCUACAGUAUGAAACUCCUGCUCAACACCAUUCGCCUUACUAUCAACAUGCAUAUGCUCCAUAUGCUCACCAUGCCAUUGAAGAUAUUUCGUACUGGCCGAAUAGUUUAAAUACUUACGGGUAUCAACCAUCUGAGUAUGUCGGAACUGGGGAAGUGGCAUAUGGCACAGAGAGUAUGGCUUUCGGUCCAGCGGGACCUGCACUAGAGGCGUCUACAGCAACCGACGGCAGAAGUUCUCCGGCACCGGAACACUCUUCAACAGAAAGAGAAUACAAAUUUAGUACUGAAGAAGAACGUCAUUCUCCAUGUGAAGAAAGUGCAUUACCACCACGUUCACCGACACAGUGAUAUACAUUUCUAAGUAGUGCAAAAUGUUAUUGAAAUUAUACCUAUAUUAGUUUUUACACGCGACGUUGUUUGUAUUGACCAGGCUAAUAAAUAGAAUUGCUUGCUAGGACCCACUCGUAUGCCAUAUUUCGUAACGAUUAGUCAAGCUUCUAACACUCUAAGAGGGAUCCUACGAGAAGACGGACGUUUUAGAGUAUCGAUAACUUAAAAAAAAUAGCCAUCGUUUAAUAGAAGUAAAUUAACUUUGAAUAAUAUACGUAUAUACGAGUACAUAUUUUUCUAUUAAUUUUAAGCUUCUAUGAAAAGUAUUAAUAAUUGGAAUACUUAGGAGGUAAUAAUUUGGUACGAUAAUUGUGUUAAAUAUGUAUAUGUAAAUUAUUCUAAUAAUACAUGGUUUAUUUACAUUGUUAAUUAUUGUUAAGAUAUAUGUGCUUAAUUCAAUCCUACAUCAUUGUAGAUAUUUUCUAAAUUCUUAUCCUCAUAUGAACCAACUUGAUGCCGAUUUAGUUUCGGUGAAUUUGGACGAAGGAAACAGAUUAAAAAAAAACAGUUACUUAAAGUUUUGAAUGAAAUUUUUCGUUCGAUAUUUAAAUGAACUAAUACUACACUACAAAAUAAACUUCGCGACUAUGUCCGCAAAACUAGAAUUGUGGCAUUCUCUUUCUCCGAUUAGUUAGGUUUGUAAUCAGUGUUUCGGCGAGCGGAGACUGACCCAUAUGUAGACAUAAAGUUUUGUAGUAUCCGUUUGAAUCGAACAGAAAAUCUUUUGAUCUAAGUCGGUGUAGUGAACCACUAGGCUGGAGAUAAUAAUAAUAAUAGCUCGAAACGAUUCACACACAGACAUUCAUUACAAUUUGAUUUAUUUAAUAAUAAAAAAUAAUUAGACAAUUUAAUAAAUAGGUAAGUAGUAAAUUAAAUUACGUACUAUGUAGUUCCUAUAACGAUAGGAUUUUUUGUUGAGUCUUCUAUAAUUAUGCUUAUAAGCUGUCUUCCCUUGCCCGUGCCAAUUUAUCUCCUGUCUAAUCUAUCUGUUUCCGUGGGUCAUAUCAGAAAUUUAUUUUUUAGUACAUUUUUACCUGCGAUAUGUUCUCAUGUUUUUAGCCUUAGGGAUUUGGGCUGUGCGGUGACGGAUACGCCUAUCAGUGACGAUAAGUCUCUUUAAUGUCAUUAAUUCAAUAUUUGGGUAUUCUGAAUGAAAGGGAAUACAUACUAUUGCUAAAAAUCGUAUAAACACAAGAGUUGGUGCUAUUGAUAAAGAUCUAUUCUCAAAGUAAGGAGAUUAAACGGAUGGUCUGUUGUAGUCAUGAAUACAUAUGGUUGUAUGGUGCUAGGAUUAAGGCCGUUACUAUCAGAAGAUCGGAAUAUUUAUACGUAGUGCAUUUGAUAAAUUGUUUUAACCAGAAUAAUAUACCUACAAAACAUGGUUUUUUAAUUUUCCUCAAAAAUAAAUUGAUAAAAAUAUCCUGUAAUAUAAAAUAACAUGCCAUGUCCAAAUAAAUGACAAAUAUACGCACCCACUCUUUCUAUACGCAGAUGAAAUGUUUAUCAAUGAAACAUUGUUAAUGAGCUCAUAGUUAAGAAGUGUACCUAAGUAAAGGUACAUAGUUGUUUGUCUUUUUUUUUCUAUAACAACCAAGUCUUGACGUCUGUCGAUGAGUUGAUAUAGUUGGGUGUUGUAGCGUCUAGAAAAUAUAAAAGUUGUAAGCCUGUGAAAGUGUUUUUAAACUACCUUUGAAGGGGAAUUAAUAAGAGACAGUGAUGUAAGAUAUAAAAUUAGGGCAAGACCACUACUGUAUCAUCUCGAUAUAGCAGGUAUUUAUAUAAUUAUUAUGGCGAAUUAUUGAACUGAAUAAUUCAUACUGUAAAAACCAUACAAAGCUUAUGCAUGUUAUACAUUCUUAGUUACUUCAAUAAGCUGU